AUGACAAUUUCAGCACAAGCCACGGAAGGAGCCCCCUUGGCCAACACCGACCAAGGCAGUCGCAAUGAGUGCAUACCCUUAGUAGUCACUCUGCCACAACUGGCCGAGUUCCUCAAAUCGAAUGCUUCUGGUUAGUUUCGGCCUUUGCAAACCCAACUAAUAUCUUGAUUCCAUCAGAUCCGUUAGACCCCUUCUCACUCGACCACCUCCGUGUGCGUGCCGGCUUCGAUGAUAUUAAAGCUCGCGCCAAAGUAUGUUCAUCUGAUUUUCCGUCUCUGGAGUUAAUCUUUCCUGUAAAAAUAACAUUUCUGAGCUUAGAAUUCUGGGACUUAUCUGCGUCAUUACUAAGAUUUCUGGACCAUGUUUUUGUCCAUUUUUUUCUGACGCAAAACCAUUUAAGUCCGUCGUCUACAUUAUCGGGGUCCUUUAACGUAAACAAGCUUAUAACCAUGCUGCACAGUCCUUCUAAGAGGGACGACUCUCUUUCUGUUCAGUGUUCUAACGAUCCCAUUUUCUGGGUCUUUCUGCAGCAUUUUCCCGGUUAUUUAGACAGCUGAAGUAAUUUGUUCGCUGUUUCUUCGUCGCAAAAUGACGGCAUAAUGUGACGCGAGGCUCAAACCGCUGCAUAUGCAGUCACUCGUCGUUUGGUUGAGUUUAUGCAACUAAGGAAACUAACAUGAGGAAUAUGUAAUUUAAUUAGCAGUUCCUGGCCGACGGUCUGAAGGAUUUCGCGUUCCUCAGACAGAUCGCACUAAAUGGCCCUGUAGGACACGAGAUGUCUCGUUUGCCAUUGUCUUCAUCAUUUUUUGAUUCAGUCUCGCCGUCUGAAGUCCGCAAGGACGGUCCUGGCGCUCUGAGUCUAUCUCAGAGAACCGCCUCCAUUGCCCGAGAGGGUAGACAAGGCAAAGCUCUGUAGCUAUGUUAAUUGAAUCACUGUCACUGCGAAGACUUCAGCAAGUACUCAUGCAAACGAAUGUUCCAGCUCACUGCGACGAAUGCGAGUGCUUCACCGUCGACAUUAUUGUCAGGAAAAUUGUAUUCCCUAAGCAGUCCCGCCUAACUAUGCGAAAAAAAUACAGUUAUGUCCGUGGCAUCCCAUGGCUAUAAACAUGUCAAAUUAAGGCAAAACCUCGCCCCAGACGACAUCGUCUUGCUUGAUCAUUCCGUCGACUCACCGCAGUCCACCCCUGUACCCGUUCGAUUCGAAUGUGAACCAUGGGGAACCCAAAGUACUGCCUGAAGGCCCUUGUUCGCUAAAUAUUUCUCCUCUCCUGGAUGACUGGAGGCUCAAGUGGUCAACCGUAUUUUCUCCCCCCAUCCUUCUGUCAUUGACUAACCACUUUCAAAAUAUUGACCGUCACGUCUGACUGGCACGCAGGAUGUUCAUUUGGCACGGGGAUUUCCUGUUCUUGCGGAAAAGUCCAAUGAAAGACAAAACGUUGACUAUAUGAGACCACAAUAAAGGACUUCAUGCUUCUCAUCUGCGAACUACGGUCUUUUGACAGGGCGUUGUUCGUUAUAUGAUUCCGCCGGAGAAUGCUGCUGGCUAUAUACUACGUUUCGAACUUGGAACUUCGCGUCCGAUUGGGGACGCCUGCCGGCGAUGCUGUAAAGGGUCGUCGCCGCAGAGGGCUCGAUCAUGUUCUCUGUCAACCCGAAAAGGAGCUCGUCUAUAACUUUUCCUUUUAGAUUCCCCGUCGGAGUUGACACCACCGCCUUGAUUCUGACGAAGUAAACGUGGUUAAGUAAAAAGGGUGAGGAACCCAACGGAGUUCCGUGUCGGGGAAUGAACUACCGAUGGGACGAUUUUUUAUUAACCCGGACGUACUGACAGGCCGUGGACCGUGUUAAUUCGUAGCGUCAUCGACUUGAAACUCGGCUUAGCCGGUAGUGGCCAUAACCGGUAGGAGUGCAAACACAAGCGUGGCUCCGAUAAACGCAGCUUGACGUCUAAAGACCUUUUCCGGUAUGCAGUGGGCCGGAUUGUACUAUGCAAGUACGCUAGUGUACCGACUGCGUUCGGCUCUCUACGAGGUACUCAGUGGUUAGUCUCCUCAUUUCUGCCACGUUCAUGCCACUUUUUACUAUUUUCCCACACGCUUGCAUUUCUUGUGUGUCUGCUGAAUUUCUUAUUCUAAAUUAUAUAUUGACAUUAGUGCCUUUUCAUUUCUGUAAAUAUCUCCAUUUUCUAAUUUGUGACCCUUUGCAAGAAUUUCUUUUAUCUUUUCCACUUAUUCAGGCGUACGUUGCUUCUGAUCGGUCAAAGGCAGUACAAACUGGUGAGUAGUUUUUUUACGCUCAAGCCCUCAAACUUCGAUUUCCACUCGCAAUCUUUCUGGCCACCAUUAGUCACAGGUUCUUUUAUGUCUCAAGCGUUCAGUAGACUGAAACGUGACAUUAGUUGUCACUGGUCUCUGGCUCUUAAGCCCGCUGUGGGUGAUAAAAGUUAUUCAACAAGAACGAGAAUUAUAGACGUGACAACUUCGUCAAUCACGGAGUGGCUUUGUCCUUGUGCCCUAUUUUAGUCAUCUGCAGGGCACGUGGUCACUUAGUUCCAUUCCUCUCUCUCUCCCGCGUGGAGCCUGGCAGAUCAAAUAUCACUUUAGACGUGCAUGAAUUCUCGAGCCCCUAGUAUCUCUUGUGCAUUCCUGAUUCCAACGUCCCGAAUAGUAGCCACGAAAACGACAACGCGGUUUUGUUCAAGAAUGUAUACGGCCAGGAGAUUAUGGCUCACUUUGUCCGCUGGUCACACCCCGCCCACACAGAGUCUGAUGUCGAGUUGUCGCGCCGUUCCGUUCGUGUAUUUACAAGGACAACUGGCGUAUGGAAAGCGGUAGAUAACGUCGUAAUAUUCGCCUACGGUCAUAAACGCAAUUUCCUUCUUUACAUCAUUUAAGGGCCUAAACGAUGGAGCCAAAGAGAGCCCAAAAUAGUUCAACUAUUUAGGUUCUGCCAGUAAACGCCCUUUAGGCAACUAGGUGUACGAGCCGGUUAAAGGGACGGGUACGAGUUUCCCAGUCACUGUGCUGACCUGAAAACUAGUUAUGCAAAAAUUGGACGGACCAAGUCUUCAGUGAAUAGGGGGCCCUAGUUAGACCAGCACAAUUCCGCUUCAGACUCUCAGAGAGAAACGUCAUCAUUAAACCUGCCAUGAGACCGUGUUACUCGAAUUCAUGGCAUUUUACGCUGUGAAUACCCCCAACCUUGCAUUCAAACAGGCGCCCUAACUUGUGCUUCCUCGCAACUCGUCAACCCUCAUGGUCAAAUAGAAGUUCACCUGACAGACCUAAUCUAAGACAGAUCAACCGAGUAUAUCAUUUUUGCGCGGUCUUGGCGCGAGUACUCUGCAUUUUAUUUAUAUGAAGGGGUUUCUGUUUCUUCGUCUAGACUCCAGUAUGGAGGACCGUGCAAGUUCGAACCAACUGAAACCUCCAAGAGGCACCCGCCGCCUGCAGUCAGCCGAUUUUCAGACUGACUAUCUGCAGAACUUAUCCACACCACCGGACACACCUCCAGGUAUAUCUUGCAAUUGACAUUACACCUUUCUGAAAACCGCUCCUAAACGCCUGACAAGUCUUUUUUUUCUUGGCAAAACAGCCAUACUAACAAGCCGGAGAAGCGAAGUUGACGAAUUGCCACCGCUCCCUCCCUCUCCGCCUCGUGCAGCCAUUCUUGACUUGGGCAAUACCAGCCAGGCCUCUACUACCGGGACGGCUCGACGUCGGAUACCCUGGACGUUGUCAGAGUCCAUAAAACUGUGGCAUGGUGCUCAUGGGGUCGAUAGACCCUCAUGGGCUAACAUUUGGCAGAGGUACUUCCGAUCCUCCCGAAGGACCCCUGUAGACCUGAAGGAUCGUUGGCGAGUGAUUUCUCGAAAUGUGGAACUGCAGGAACACUUGCGUCGUGUGUACGAACAGUGGCUUGUUUCGGCAAACACCACUUCCGUGGAUACAGGACCCACCUGA